CGCGGAAGCGCUACGGUUGGGUGGGGGUCCCGGAGCGGUUGCGUCGCGGUCGGUGCGGCCGCCGCUAUGCGGUCGUCGCUGCUGCGGGUGGCGGUGGUGUGCUCGAGCAACCAGAACCGGAGCAUGGAGGCGCACAACAUCCUCAGCAAACGGGGAUUCAGUGUCCGGUCCUUUGGAACAGGAACUCAUGUGAAGCUCCCAGGACCAGCACCCGACAAGCCAAAUGUUUAUGAUUUCAAAACUACAUAUGAUCAGAUGUACAAUGAUCUCCUUAGGAAGGACAAAGAACUCUAUACGCAGAAUGGCAUCUUACAUAUGUUGGACAGAAAUAAGAGGAUCAAGCCACGGCCAGAAAGGUUCCAGAACUGCAGAGACCUGUUUGAUCUGAUCCUCACCUGUGAAGAGAGAGUGUACGAUCAGGUGGUGGAAGAUCUGAACUCCAGAGAGCAGGAGACCUGCCAGCCAGUGCACGUGAUCAAUGUGGACAUCCAGGACAACCACGAAGAGGCCACCCUGGGGGCGUUCCUCAUCUGCGAGCUGUGCCAGUGCAUUCAGCACACAGAGGACAUGGAGAACGAGAUCGAUGAGCUGCUUCAGGAGUUUGAGGAGAAGAGCAGCAGAGCCUUCCUGCACACCGUCUGCUUCUACUGACCCACCUGGCCGGGCGCCCGGGGCGCCACCCACCCUCCUGAAGCUGUCUUUUUGAGCUUCCUUUUGUUAAUACUUUUUCCUUCCUGAUAUUUGUUUUUACUUUUGGGUAUUCUGCCGGCCACGGCAGUGGUACCCAAUAAACUGUGCAUAGGAAAUGCGAGGACACACAGAUGCCAGAUUCAAAACAAUCACGUUUUCUCCCUCCCGCUUUUACUUACGAGUGGGAUGUUGAUUAUAAAGGUUUCUUUUUUUUCCUUUACCCAGAAAAGUAAACUACGGUUU